AUGAAACAACAUCUUGCAGGAAAGUCUGGUGAGGUUGGGCCACGUAAGAAAGUUCCAGGUGAUGUUCGGUAUCGAAUGGAAGAGGCUUUGAAAGCAAUUAUUGAGAAAAAUAAACGAAGUGAGGAAUCUAAUCCCUUUGGUCGAGCUGUUUUCAAAUUUGAGGAUGAUGCUGAAAUUGAAGAAAUAAUUCCACAACACAAUAAGGGCAUCUUAAUUAAUGAAGGUGGUGGUAGUAGGCAUAAAAGCUCUCAACCAACUAUCAAAAGUGCCCUUGCAACUAAAGAAGCUGUACAUAGGGCACAUAGGAUUGUGGCAAAAUUUUUGUAUGAUACAUGUGCUCCAAUGAAUGUUGUCAAUUCCAUAUAUUUUCAGCCUGUGUUUGAUGUUGCAAUCACCAUUGGUCCAGGAUAUAAAGUUCCUACCUACUGUGAAGUUCAAGUUCCUCUAUUGAAUGACCCAAAUAAAGAGCUUCAAUUGUUUAUUGACUCUGUAAAGAAUACUUGGGCUAAUACUAGGUGUACAAUUGUGGGUGAUGGUUGGAUUGAUGGUAGACAUAGAACUCUCAUUAAUUUUCUUCUCUAUUGCCCUAGAGGAAUCACUUUUGUUAAAUAUGUCGAUGCCUUUGAUGUUGUAAAAGAUGCUCAUCUUCUUUUUAAAUUGUUUAAAGAAAUUAUUGAGUGUGUGGGAGCAAGCAAUAUUGUGCACAUGGUGACAGCUAAUAGGGCAAAUUAUGUUGCUGCUAAAAGGCUUGUUAGUCAAACUUACAAGAAUAUUAAUUGGUCUCCUUGUGCAGCACAUUGUUUGAACUUAGUGUUAAGUGACAUUUCCAAGUUGAAUCAUGUGAAAGAGCUUGCCUUCAGAGCAUCAAGUGUGACAAGAUUUAUUUACAAUCGCCUAUGGUUGAUAGCUUGGUUGAGGAAAAGGAAAGGAUGGACUGAAAUUGUGCACCCAGGAGUAACCUGUUUUGCCACUACUUUUAUUGCAUUGCAUAGUAUUCAAAAACAUAUACAUGAUUUGAAAGCCUUAGUGACAAGUAAUGAUUUUGUCUGUAACACCCCCAAAAAUUUACAACACCAUUAA